AUGAUAUAUUAAUAACUAUAACCUAUUAACGAUCAAUAACAACCAGUCUAAAUUUCUCCGGAUUACACAUUCACCUCAUUGCCUCAAACUAAAUGUAUCUAUCAUCCUAAAUUUAUAACACAUUUCUGCAAAAAGACAUCAUGCUUAAUGCCUCUAUGUGACACUUGUUUGGGAACUCAUUCUCCCCAACAUUCCAAAUUUAGUAAGUCAUAUUUCAAGCCUAUUAUUAAGUCGAUUCUAUCCAAAACACUCUGACUCAAGUUUAUCGUGGCUAUGCCAAAAGGGCCAAUGAAAUUGCCUUACAUCAAAGACAUGAUUUUUUAUAAUUGCGCCAAGAUCUCCAUAAAUUGAUCGAUGCAAUUUUUGAAGAUCUCCUCAGAAAGGCUGAUUAAAAUUAUCAACCAGAUUUAGUCUUUGAGUGGAGAAAUUUAAUAUCCAAAUUGGAAAAGCUUAAGGAUUCUCAAACUUGCAUGAAAGAAGCCAUCCUAUAUUUUGUUGAACCAGAUCAAGGGUAUCAUGAACCUUAAUUAACUUAUUAAAAUAAUCCAAUCCAAAUAAAUCAAUUCUCAUUAUAACAAGUGAAGUUACACUUGAAUAGAUUAUUUACGGUAGCUUCUAAUAAUGGAGAAUUUUUAAACCUUAGGGAUAAUGAAUGGCAGGAAGAUAAUCCUAUUAGAAGAGUCUCAAGCAUAGUGGAUGAUUCAGUAGUAUAUUCAUUAUAUAAUUAUACUGAUAGUAAUCUUCCUAAUAAUAAUAUUAAUAAUAAAAAUAAUAAUAAUAAUAAUCCUAAUUAUAAUAAAAAUCAUAAUAAUCAUCAUUAAAUUGAUAAUACUCCUGCUUAAUUUGAUUAGAGUCCUAUAAGAUUAGUGCUGCCUAUAGAGGAACAAUAUACUAUUCAAAGUCCUGCUGGUAUUCAGUAUGCACAACCCAUAGUUCGGACUCCGUACACAGUUCCAUCGGUUUAUACAAUCUCAACAGUGAGACCAUUCAAAUAGGUAAUAAAAAUUGGUAAUAUCUUAUAGAGCAGGGAAUUCAGUUAUGCUUUUCCAUAUGUCUAAUGA